CGCGUUGCAUUGCUAUUCGCUAUGCCCCAUGAGGCUGUACGAUGACCACAGUGGCGUCAUUCUGCGCUGAGCGCUCGGCUGCUAUUUAACUUGACCACCUGCGCGCUGCAGCCCUUGGGUCGUCGAAGUCCGCCACCUGAGAGAGACAGAGACACAGAUCCAGCCAUCAACCAUGCUCGGCGCCCUUUCCAAGCUCCGCCGAUCGACAAGAUCCAAACGACGCCCGCCGCCAUCAAAGUCGCGCAGGUCCCGGCCCGUCAGCUCCCACGGCGCCUCGUCCAGCGGCCUCAAACCGCCGCCGGGAAGCUCGAGCCGGAGGGCCAGGUCGCACGAGACUGAGCGGCGGAGAUCGCACGCAGGGACGUCGGGCGCAGAUACUUCGGGCGCGGAUCCCUACUACGACAACCACGCGAGCUCGCCGAGGAGAAGAGACACCCGCCGGCGUUCCGUGUCGCCUCGUCCGAGACCCGACGCAGAGAGAGAUUCGAGAAGCCGUCGGACGCGGGCGCGCCGAGAUGUCUCCAUUUCCACCGAUGACGACACCCGUCCGCUGUCGCCGCGAUACCCCGUCGACCGUUAUGCGCGUCGUGGGUCGCAGCAGCACGCAGACUACGACGGACUCUCGGCGCACUCCAGGCCAGUUCUGAAGCCGUAUUCACUUGAAUCCCCGAGGUUCGACGACCGAAGACGACAGUCACAUGAUGGCUCCCAUACUCAGAGACCAGUGGCUAGAGCGUAUCACUCGUCAUCGCCAGCCGCAUCACCUCCCAGCCAUACGCCAUCGCCUCGUACACAACCAGAGUCCCUUCGCGGCAGACCUAGAUCCCGUUCACGAGAUGGCGCCCGUAAACCUCGACCAAGCGAUGCGGCUGCUUUGAGCCAUCCUGUCGACAAGCCUGCCCGAAAGCCCAAGCCCAAGCCCAAACCCAGACCGCCAGCCGAAUCCAGCACACAGCCUUCGCCCAACGGAGGCGGAGGGGACUUUCUAAACCAGCUGCCAAAAGCCUUGGCUACCUUUACCGGACUCAAGGUCCUAACAGACCACGCCGACAGCGCCAAGGAAUGGGCAGACUGGCUGAACGACCUGCACGGCGCACCCGAAGAAAUCCAGGCGCUGUCUGCAAAGGCUACAACCGCAAAGGAUACUAUAACACAGAUCCAGCGCAGCCUCGAAGCGCGACCCGACUUGGUGGAAGGCGAGAGCGGGCAGAUCCUCAAGCAGCAGAUCGAAUCUGGCAUCAAGAGCGCCGACAAAGCCCUGGGCGAAAUGACGGAGCUGCUUGAGGACCUGGGCAACGACGGGACCGAGGGAACCGUGUGGAAGGGCCUCCAGGACUUCUACAACUCGUACCGGUACAAGAAUGAGUGGGAGGAGAAGAUCAAGGAAGCAGAGGUCAAUCUGCAGAAAGAGUUGGCCACGCUGAGCACGCUCAUGGUCAACAUCUACUCACGCGCCCUCAUGAAACCUGCGCCUCCGGGAUCGCUUGGCACAGUUACGCUUCCUGUCCCGCUCCCUGUCCCAGUCAACAUUGCGACGCAAACGGAAGUUCGCCUGCCGCCAUCUCAAGAUGACACACCUCAGCGUUCACACUCGCUGCACACGACGCCUGUGGGUUUGAAGGACAUGCCCAGCACAAACGCAGCACAAACUGUACAAACUCCGCAAACUCCACAAACCGAUCCUACAAACGACAAACAUGCCGAUUAUGACUCAACUCUGCCACUGUCACUCGAAAAGAGAGCAUCCAGACCUCCGUCACCUUCGGUCUUGGCGUACGAGGAGGCAACCAUUGGCACCGAACUGGUUCCGCUUGAUCCCCCAGUACCUCCAGCUCCAGCUCCAGCAACCCCAGAGCAACCUACCGCGGAAACGGGCUCGAAAUCUCCCGAUCCCCCCAGAAACAAGGAACGAGAGCAGCGACCUCUUCCCCAUUCGCGGGAGGAUUGGGAAGAUGCACUUCUCAACGCUGCCUGGAAGGGCGACGUCGAGGGCACGAAGCGAGCCCUCCUUCAGGUCUCGCCCAUGACCCGCGACCUCCGCGGACUCACUCCUCUGCACCUGACGGUCCAGAAAGACCAUUUGGCGCUUGCGAUGCUUCUGCUCGACCGCCGCGUCGACUGUGAUGCGCGCGCCAAAACAGGCGUCACGCCGCUGCACCUCGCCGCGCGGUUUGCCUCGGCCGCGACCGUAGAGUUCCUGCUGGAAAAGGGCCACGCGGACCCAAACUCACGACGAAACGACGGCCGAACGCCACUACACUAUGCCGCCGGCGCCGCGGUGGACGGCGACGAGGAGGCACGGGACGUGAUACGCGUUCUGAGGGACUGGGGCGCCGAUCCCACCGUGGAAGACGACAAACGCAGGACGCCGCGGGAUAUUGCCCAGAGCCGGGACCAUUGGGAUGCGGCGGCCACGCUCAGGAGGGCUGAGAAACUGUGGGAGGACGAGCACCCGCAGAGCUGGUUCCAGCGGCAUGGCUUCAAGAAGUGAUUGUCGGUGGCCACUGUACAUUAGCACAUAGUUUGCGUCUCACCGUGGCACAGAGUUGCGCGUGCCAUGUUAAUUGUUGUAUCAAAAUCUGAUGACUGCAUGUGCGACUGUGCGGCUUUGCUAGUAUACGCGUCCUGGCUCUAUGCGUCACUGGUCGUUUGUUAUUUGGCUUCUCUCGGAGUCAUCCAUUGUUCUCUGGCGGUGUGCCUCAGUCCUGUGUUGUCUAUAUAACCCGUCCUUCAUCCAACUCCCUCCCUCUUUUCUUUCUUAAUCACAUCCUAUAUAUUAUAGUUACUGC